GCAGCAGGUUGAGCAAAUAGAUGAUAAGUGGACCACUCUAGAGCAGCGGAUGAAUAGUUUGGAAGAAAGGCAUCAGAAAGAGUUGACGGAACUACGAAGUACAAUCUCCCGAUUGUGCGAUCGUCUCGACUCUAGCACCGGGGUUGAGCGCGGGCUGUCACAGACGAGUGUGGACUCUCCUGCCGACUGUCGAGUCGAAGAUGGAGACACCUUCGAUAUUGUGGCAUGUGGAACGGUGAGGGAGAAUGAAUGGGAGGAACUCUACACUUUCUUCGAUGAAAAAUGUCGGACAGUCAUCGCAUUCAUGGACGAUCAGCUCUACUCGGCCGCACAUAUCGUACGUAAACACCCUCUGAUGUCGACGGUGAUCUGCGUGAUUGCGUCCAAGGCUGUCCGACCCGACAAGUACGCAUCGUAUCUGGCCGCAGCAGAUCGUCUAAUAAGUGCUACAUUCUCGGGCGCCGUCGAUCUUCAUACCGUCCAAGCUAUGAUGCUGCUAGUUGCAUGGACUGGUAGGCAUCGUCUGUGGAAUUAUAUCAUCUCUCUUGCAGUAGAACUCGGGUUGAACAGGGCUGCACGGAGUCUAGCCGAUGUCUCUAUUGAGCACACGGCAGACCUGGUCGGUUCGGCUCGAACGUGGUUCUCGCUGUGCUCGUUUGACCUGAUGAUGAAUCUCGAUCGGCCAUCCGCUAUUCACAAUAUCGUGGAUUACCUAUCCGUAGCUGCGCGUCUGCUGGUCUCCCCUCACUGCAGGCCAGUGGACUACCGGCUUUGCACCUACCUGCAAGGGUUUGCGAUCACAGCUGAAGCAAGAGCCCAAAUACCCGUAUCAGAGCUACAGUUGCAUCCUCUACCUGAAUCUGUAGCGCAGGUGUUGACCUCCCUUGACGAGAAGAUUGACCGCUGGUUUUACCACAUCAACAACAGCAUGGAGCCUUUAUACCAAACUUUUGCCAGGAAGCAAGAUCGCAAUCGGUUCAUGGUCCCCUAUGCAUUUCUGAAGACAUAUGUCAACGGACUUGCUUUGCGCGGAAUGGAAACUCAACACGGAAGGCUGGAUCCCAACAGGAUCCCUUUCCUACAGAUAGCCCUGGACAGCACAUGUCUGCUACUUCAGACUCAGUUUGAGUCGAAGGACUUUCGCCAGAUGCUGCCCUACUCUGGAGACUACAACCUCGUCACCACAUAUCAUGCUAUCGAUUUUAUUCCAAAGGCACUAAGAGUUUCUAGAGGAGUGGUCAACGGAGGACUAGUGCUUUUGAGACUACGUCAGGGAGCGCAGAUGCUGGAAGAGGCUGGAGCCACGGUGGCUGCUUCUGAGGUCCGUGAGGAGGUGCAAUUGUUGGAGCAAACGAUGCAGGCCUCGUCACCUCUGGAGGGUGCUGCGGCGGAAUUGGAUCAAGCGGUGGGUGAGACUUUAUUCGAUAUACCGAAUCUCCUAUCCGAAUGAUCCACAAAGAAUGUCAUGAGUAUCGUGGCACCCGUGCGGUUGAGCUGGGAUGAGAUGAGUCA